AUUUGAACUAAACUCUUUAGUUCAUUAUUUUUGUUAGGAUCAUCACAAACUUUUAUCUGCUAUAGCACAAUCUACCAAAAAUUAAAGGAAAAAAUUAACUAAUACCAGGAAAACUCUGUACUAUACUUAUCACAAUGACACAGCUGGUAGUUAUCUUUUAACUGCAAACCUUUUCUUACCCAAGUUUACAACUAUCUGUCCUUUUGCUACAUAUCAAAGGAGCAGUCAACUCUUAUAUUGUGCUGUGCUUUGAUGGUUCAUACAGCGAUACACAGGUAGAUGGCAGUUAAAAUUAUACUUUGUCCGAUCGUCCUCUACUUUCGGUUAACAUUUUUUCCCCUUACACAAUUAUUGUGUUUUUUUGGCAGCUUUUGCCCGAGACCAUGCCUGACACCAACGACGUAAAUUCAACGCCAUGGUCUCUGCCAAAGCGGUUCAUACAAGAGCCGGCAAUAUUUGUUUCGCCGGUGGUUGUUGGCCCCGGUAUGCCGUCAUCGGACGUGUCGCUUAGCAUCCAGCUCAGGCACUUCUUACUGACCAAUGGUGGUCGUAUGGACAGCGUGAAACUGCUAGAGAUCGACAGCUCUGUUGCGUAUGGAAACAAUGUGCUGGAAUCGUUCUCCGACGGGAGCCUGACAGAGGAGCUUUUCAUAGACGUGUUCAGCUCGAUUCUAUUCAAGGAUGACAUGAAGUACAGGCUAGAUAAUUAUGGAAAAAGGAUUUUCAUUCCGACUUCCAUAUCAGUAACGUGAAUAACGCCAAUUUCUACUGUAUUCCUUUUUUUCGUACGGUGCAGC